UGAAAGAGGAAAAGGAAGCUUUAUUGCCGCCAUUUCAGGUGAAACCAGUGCGGCAGAGACGACAGCCAGUGUCAUAAUAUCCCAAAAAUCUGCAAUAAUUACACAAAUUGGAGAUUAACAGACAAGCAUAACGGUUGUGUCUAACGGGUUGGACUGGGCUGCUGUGUUGACUGGAGACAGACACAAUGAGCUACGGAAGGGCGCCGCCAGACGUUGAGGGGAUGACCUCCCUGAAAGUGGACAACCUGACGUACCGUACUUCACCGGAGACUCUGCGCCGAGUUUUUGAGAAGUACGGCCGUGUGGGAGAUGUUUACAUCCCCCGGGACAGGUACACUAAGGAGAGCCGCGGGUUCGCCUUCGUGCGAUUCCUUGACAAGCGCGACGCCGAGGACGCAAUGGAUGCUAUGGACGGCGCGCUGCUGGACGGGCGGGAGCUCCGGGUGCAGAUGGCCCGCUACGGGAGACCCCCGGACUCCAUGUACAGCCGGAGAGGGGCUCCGCCGCGCAGAUCCGGAGGGGGGUACGGCGGACGCAGGAGUCGUUCAGCCAGCCCUCGACGUCGCAGACGCAGCCGCUCCAGGAGCAGGAGCCGAUCCCGCUCCAGGAGCCGCCACCACUACAGCCGCUCCAGGUCUCACUCCGAGUCAAGGUCUAAGUCCAAGUCCAGGACCCCAAGACGAAGCAAGACAAAAUCUCCCUCAAAGUCCCGGUCCUCUAGGUCAAGGAGUCGAACCCCGCCUUCAAACAGAGGGUCCAAAUCGAGGUCCCGCUCCAAAUCCAAGAGUAGGCCAAAAUCCCCGGAGGACAACGGAGCAGAGAUUUAAUCCAGACUUGGACACAGCAUGACGGUAUUCAGGGGGAAGGGUGUAAUAUAUUAUUUGCUUCAAAUAGUAUUCCUAAGAUGGCUAUUUGUCAUCAGUUGGGUUAUUAUUCUGCAGUCUUGGUGCUACAUGUCAUGCAUUUGCACAAAAGCAACAAAGUCGGCAGAAUCAUUUUUUCGAAAUGGUAAAAAUAAGAUUGGGACUGAUGUUGUCUACAGUCCUAGUUCUGUGUGUGCUGUACUUUGCAUUGCCAAUCUAUGCACCCACAGACAACAGGAGAUUUGGGAUGAUUGGACCUACUGUAACCUAUAUUUCAAAAUGGGCUGUAUGGGAGGGACGUGGGGUGCUUCACUCAAAAACGUUCACCUAAAUGUGGAAUUCUUUCCUCCAAGCUGCGGAGUCCUGUUUGCAAAGAGAGGAGGAGGAGAUGGGGGUGUGGCAGUGUGAGAGCAGUUAGUGUGUGACCCGCCCUUGUGACCUGCCUGAUUGCUGAGAGCUAUGGCAGUUGCUAAGGAGCAGGUCACCGAGGCAACGGUGGUUGCUAUGGAGCAGGUCGUCAUGGCAGUGGUUCGGGCUGUCAGUUGGUGUGUGAGGUGGUGUGGUGAGGUACGUUGGCGGGGAUCACAGGCAGAUGCACUGAGCAGUCAGUGCCCACCUGUUCCUGUGGGCUCCUCCGCCUCACAAAGGGAACGGACCCCAGAGGUUUGUUUUUCCAAUUCGCCCGGGUGUAAGACUUGUUAGAGGUGUAUUUGUAUUUAUUUAUAGAAGGACCAUGCAUACAAAAACAUUAAUCUCAGCAAAGAGAAGAGAUGCAAUAUGCCAGAUUAUAGCUAAUAGCUCAUUUCCAUCUGUGGUCCUCAGGCAGGUUCAUAACAAUCAAUAAACAAAUAAUAACAUUGCAUGAUCUUUAUCAGUCAAACAAUUUUAAAACCUGAUUUAAGUACAGCUCAAUAAAUUAAUACAUAGUACACUUGAAAUACACUUACAUGAUCUCGGUCACUCAAAUGAUUAUAAAGCCUGAUUUAAAUACAGGUUACGAACAUAAUACUUAGUACACUUCAAAUACACAUAUCUAGGAUAUAGUAUGGCAAUACAGUUCAAAUAAAAAAAAUCUCAGAUUACAGUGUAAUUAAUGUUGGCAUGACUGGUUGCUUAAUAUCAUUUUUUUUGCACCAUAAGAAAACGAGUUAAAAUCAGUACAGGUUUUAAGUUCAACUGGAAGAGUGUUCCAGUGCUUGAUGGAGAGAGCAGAGCUAGUACUAUUGUAAAGGGGGGCCGGGUAAGGUGUGUAAACAAAUGCGAAAGUUACUAGAAAUGUUAGGUAUAAUACAUGAAGAUGCUCAGGGGGGAAAUGCACUAUGAUUAAUGUUAUUGUGAGUAGAUCAGACAAGCACUGUGAUUAAAUGUCUAGGUCAGCUUCAGGAGUUUUUAGAAAUAAAAAAGCCUAUUUUUGGCCUUUCCUAACUCUGUUUUGUCUUUCUUUGCAGAUCUCAGAUGAUUGAGCCUUUGCUGAGGACAUCAGGAAGAGUCUCACAUUGAGCAAGUGGACUCCACUAUUACCACUGAAAGCAGACUGAAAGGUUAUUGGAGCUUGGUCUAAAAUGUUUAGAUUUGACUUUAUUUACAAAAACAAUUUUGUAACAUUGAUGUGAUCAUUGUUUGCGAAGUUGAGCAAUUUGAAAGGGAUUUAAAAUAAGUUCUUCUCUUGCUGAUUUAAAUUGGGUUUAUUGCAUUUUGAUUACCCUUGCACUUUUUUAUGAACUUACAUUUCCUUUAAUUUAACUCCUUGUUUAAUACUCUUUCUAAAUUAAUAUGAACUUUUUAUUUGCAGGGUGUAAUGUUGAAUGUUCAGAGCUUUUACAUCUGUUUUACCACUCUUAUGGAGAAAAAAAUGUUUCCUGUACAGUGAAAAAGGCAAAACAUCAAAGGCACUUAAUAUUUUAAUUUGCUUAUCCCGCAGACCACAUGUUUUUAUUUUCUGUCAAAUCUCUAUUUUCUGUCUGGUUAAAGUUGCUUUCCUAUGACUCUAACCCUCUUUCUUGUGUAUCUUUUGUGCACUAGGCGCAGUUGUGUAGCAGUUGAGUAAUGCUGGUUAGCUGUUAAGAUGCGGUGCAGUGCGGUGGUGACAUGGUGUGGCGUGUUGCGGUGCUGAGUGCCCGGCGCUGUUCCGGGGCUCGACCCUCCGCUGCUGUUUGCCGGUUUGUAAGCUCACAAGUGUGGCAGAUCAUCGAUCUCUCCUGUCUUGUGAUCUCCCCCCCUCCCCCUCCCCCCCUCCCCAUGUGCUGUACAGAUUCUCUCCUUUCUUUUCUCUCUAUUCCCCCUCUGUGGUUUAUCCACUGUUAAUAACUGGUUUUGCUUGCUUUUUUUUAUUGAAUCCAGUUUGACUCCUAGUGAAGGGUUUAAUGGGCAGUCCAGGCUGCUUAAAGAAAUUAUGUGUGUAUUUCAUUCCUCUGUGAACCUCAAACGUCUUGUAAUUGCUUUUAGGUGAAUGCCAAUAAACAUCUGUCGUUCCAAA